UGUGACCCGGAAACAUAUAGCUGUAAAGCUUUACAAGGGUCUCAUCAUAAGUUUGGGUUUUUAUGAAACUGGGAAAGGGAAUUCCGCACCAAAUGGCUGGUAAAAGCCCUUGUAAGAGAGCAAAAUCUGAUGUAAGUAUCUCCAAGAAGAUGGAACCAGCCACAGCGCAGAGUAAAAGUGAAUCUGCUCAUCCAUCCACUCAAGUAUCUAGACUUACGUGGAACAGACAAAAGAUUACCGGUAGUCCUCUGGAAAAUAAGACUGUGAAAUCAAGAAGAGCAGAAAGAAUUCCACUAGUAGACAGUAAAAAAACGGGCAGAAAAAAAAGCAAAGUGGGUAAAUCAAAAGUUGCCUCCCGAGUUGCAGACAGUGUUGUACAGAGACCAAGCCAUAAUGGAGAACCAGAAGUGCAAGAGAGAGUUUCUGUCCAGAUGGAUAAUAGCAUCUUUGUUGAUGAAGACAGCAACCAGCCUAUGCCUGUUGAGAAAUUCUUUGGUAAUGUGGGACUCAUGCUGGAUUAUCCUCCACUCCCAGUGUUCCCUCAUCCAAUGAACAGAAGAGAAUAUCGCAGAUUACACUUUAGAGCAAAAGAAGAUGAUGAUUUAAAUGCAGAUGAACCAUAGAGUACUAAGGAGUACAACAGGAAUCCUUUUCACAAGACUGGUGAAGCUGAUAGAAGUCUGAAGUGAAGUUGAACACUUAUGACAGACUACUACAUCGUGGACAGACAAUCCCUCUGUCAGUGAAAAAAUUCAUAUUUAAGUUCAUGAAAUACUGUAAUGGAAUUGCUACCUCUUCUGGGGUCUGGGUGGGCGAGUGUAUGUGUCUGUAUCCGUGCAAGUUUGUUCAAAGUGACUGUGCUUUAACCUGUGAGAGAUGAACUAUAAAAAUGCUUUACAUUAUAGCAUAAUCACACUGCGAUGGGUGAAUUUUCAUGUACUGUUAUAAAGUUAAUUUUAGAAUGUUGUUUCACAGCACCUAAUUUUUCUUGUUGCUAAUCUUAAAAUAUCCCCCAGUUAAGCACCCGUACUUAAAUUAACACCCACUUACCACCCACUAUGUCAGUUAAUGAACUAAGACUACCAAAGGAUACAAGUGUGAUAGAUGUGCAUUUUUAUUCAUCUUUUCCCUUCCACUGGCGUCUAACCACCUACAGAUAUACAGAUGCACAUGUCCUUUAAGCAAAAAGAAGGUAUGGCUGUGUAUAAAGUUCUGUGCUCUGUUGGGUGGUACUUGGUUGUGGGAGUGGAAAGGGAUAGUUUUAUUUACUUCAUCAGCAGUGUCCAUGACACCGCACUGAAACACCCAAUAGCUGAUAUGUCUAGUCCGUAUUCCUCCAGCAGCAUCAUGGUGGAAUGCAGCUGUGUCAAUGCUCUUUUGCACUAUAUAGAGGCUGUUGGGUGUGACACUGCAUUAAAAAUCUACCUUGUGUGCAUACUGGUGUGCUAACCAUGUUUUACAGCAAGAUAGUUACUGAAAAUGUAAAGGAGCUGUACUAGUGAAACUGUAUGACG